CCAAGUGUCCGAGCAGGAAGGCAAAGAGCUCGCACAGCAGCUCAAGUGCGGCUGGGUCGAGACCAGCGCACGGCACAACGCCAACGUGCCCAAAGUAUUUGAGAUGACUCUUGCAGAGAUUGAAAAGGCGCAAGGGAGCGACGGCAGCGACGCGCCGGCGUCGCGGUGCAGCAUCAUGUAG